AUGUACAGGUUGCGGAACAUGGUGCGUCGUUCCUUUGCCAGUGUCUGUGUGGUGGCGCUCGUGGAGUUCCACGCUUUCGUGGGGAUGAAGACGCAUGUCAGACGCUACAAGCUGCAGAGCCGCAACGCUGCUUGUGUCGACAGGUUUGUGACAAUGGCGCAAAGUGUGCUCAAUGUAAACGGGUAUGAUGCGAACGUCACACGAGUUGCCCUGGAGCUUGCCCAGAGGGAGGCGGAGGCGGAGGCGGAGGCUGCCAAGAUGCUUGCCAAGAGGGACGCCGAGGCUGCUCUGGAGGAGGCUGCUACCAAAUAUAGAUUGCUCCAGCUCAAAUACUUGUCAGAGAGUUCAAGAUUCUGGUUGGAGAAGAUGUUCAGGGAUUUUGCGGCAUUUGCGCAAACAACGCGUCUAUCAUCCAUCCAUUACAGCAACAGCGGCAUCAACAAGUUUUUGGCGAACAACCCGCUGACGUGGCAGGCUUUUGCUGCCCACGAAAACAUCUCGCUGGAGUUCCCUCUCAAUGUAUCUUUUCCAGAAGUGUCACAAUCAUUGUUGUAUGGUAGGCUGAGCGAGCAAGUGCACGAGCCGCCAGGCUUGGUUGUGCUUCGCUUGUGGAAUGAUACUGCAUACACCGGCGAGGUGUACUUGCUCCGCGACCUGGGUGCUCACUACAGUCGGAAGUUGGGCAUUGUCGCUGAGCCACUAGAUCUGAGCCGAGCAUUGGCUGACAUGAUGAAGCCAGACCGCCGUCAGUGA